AUGCUUGCUGCGGACAAAUUACUUCUGACGAGCACGAUCCGCAAGAAUGCGACGGAGCUCAAAGGAAAGGAGCUGGCUCUCCACAAGGGCAACUUCGAUGCUGUCGGCACACAGGCAGCUGUGCUGGCCGGCUUCGCCGUUGUCAUGGUAGUCGAGUUCCACAUGCCGGAGACGGCACACUUUGCCCUGCAAGGGAUCUACUAUGUUUUCGCAGUCAUUACGCUGGUUGCCAAUCUGAGAUGUGUCGCGAUGACGACCUGCAUCACCGUGAUGGGCACUGGCCUCGCCCUGCGCGGUCCAGAUGGCUCCAUGGUUCGGGCAGUGGAAGGCAUGUACAACCAGAGAGCCAUCGUCUUUAGGUCAUUUGGCACUGGUAUCGUGGCUUGCUGCUGUAGUGUGGCAGUGAUUGCCUGGAUCAAGAUGGAUGUCAUUCCCGCCUGCAUAUGUACGGGCGCGAUCGCCUGGACCCUUUUUUCCAUCGCGAGAUACACUAGAUUUUACUUGGACUUCUUCAAGUUCAACGAGGACGAGGUUGUCAGCCUAGAUGACAUCCUUGGCGCCGACCUUGUGAACAAGGAGAACAUCGUAAAGCAGCUCGGGAUCGGCAGCGACACGCUUGUGCGACUUCUUGGGGUGGGCAAGCAACUGGACCGCCUGGCACCGAAGCCUGGGCAGCUCGUGGAGUUCGACGCUCGCGUGAGGUGGUACAGGAAGCUUGGCGGCUGGGACCUUCGCCUGUCCCACCACACGAGAUUUCAGAAAGCUGCGGUGGCUGUCCAGAAAGGCUGA